AACACAAUUCAAAUUGUGCUCUCGUGAGAACACUGGAUUUCCAGGGGAUGUCUAUAUAUAAAGAGGUCUUCAAACCCGAUGUGACUGAACGCAAUCAUGAGGAGUUUCAUAGUGCUGCUGUUUCUUCACCUGGCCUGCAGAGAAGUUGUUGGGAAUGUCCUGGAGAAAGAUCUGGACAUUCACGGCCAAGGCAGAGGCGAUGAGGAUCAGACUGAAUCCAAGCUCAGGACGACUGCAGGGACUUCAGAUGCAACCGGCCAGCCAGAUAUCUGGGCCGAGCUCCGCGAGAUGAGACAUGUGGUGCAGGGACUUGCCAUUACUCUGGCAGAGCAGAGAGUGGAGCUACAACACAGCAAGGCCCAAGUGCAGGAGCUGAAGAAGCUCAAUACAGCCAUGGAGGUGAGGCUGAACAAUGAAAUGAGGGAGAUCAUAGCAGAAAAUAAUGAUGUAGAAAUCAGACUGACUUCUGUGGAGAAUGAAAUGGGAAAUCUGAAGAUAAACAUCUCAGACACACCCAAGGUGGCAUUCUCUGUUGCACUGACGGAUGCUGGAUAUGUUGGACCAUACAACAUUGACAUCACACUGGUGUACAAGAAGAUCUUCUCAAACAUUGGCAAUGCGUACUCCCAUGUUACAGGGAUCUUCACCGCUCCAUUGAGAGGAGUGUACUAUAUCAGGUUCACAGCUCAGGGAAUAUCCGCCUCCAAUAAAUUGGUCAUGCGACUGAUGAAGAAUGGACAGCAGAUAAUGGCUAUGUAUGAGUAUCCCAAUGGCAAUGAAUAUGUGAAUAAUGCUGUGGUUUUGCAGCUAGAGGUGGGGGAUCUCAUCUACAUGCAGCUCCCCUCAUCCUCUCAGACUUUUGAUAACACAGACAACCACACAACCUUCAGUGGCUUCCUGAUCUUCCCUCUAUGAUUUGGGUGAAUACACACAACAAUAUUCACACAUUUGUUUCUGUGGCUCAUGUACAGUAGCAGAGAAAGACACGUGGGGGAAAAAAAGGUUCAUGGGUUCAUAUAGCGGUUCUCUAUGGUGACAUAUGUAAGUCACUUUGGAUUAAAAGUAUCUAUGCAAUGAAUAAAUGUAAAUAUUUGUGGGUUUUUUUAUUUAUGAAAAAAUUUAUAGAUGAGCUUUAUGUAACUAUUUUACCCAUGUUACGCUGAAUAAAUGACUGUAAAUGGCA